AUGGUAAGUGAAUGCAAUAUUUGCUUUGAAAUUGGAAAAGAACCAAUUGUGACACAUUGUGGCCACCUCUUUUGUUGGCCAUGCCUUUACAAAUGGCUCAACUUUCACUCCAACUCUAGACAAUGCCCUGUUUGCAAGGUCCCCGUCGACGAGGCCAGGUGGGUCCCACUAUACGGUGGCCUCGGAGGCGACAACUCAACCGUCGAUCCAACCAUUCCUAGUCGAGCUUCGGUAAUACAAAGGCACCAAACCUUUCCUCAACCGCCAUCUCAUCCCUCGCCACUUGAAUACAUUAGGAGAAACGAGUACUAUGAUGAAUGUGAGUUCGAUGAAUUCAAUGUGGAUCAACAUGCAUUUGUGGGAUUCCAACCGCAAAUUGAAAUGUAUGAUAACUUUCCAUUUUUUCCUAGUCAGUUCCCAUUGAAUGUCGAUCCUCGAAUAGGGCAACGACAACCAUGUGAUCAAGCUUUGCAGAUACUUGUUAUAUGUAUAGGGGUGUUAUUCAUCCUUCAUUUUAUAUGGAAAUAG